CGGGUUGAAAACUAGCAGUAAAGAAAACUCAAUAAGAUGUGGAAAAUAAAUCAAGAACGCCUUAACAUGGUCUCUGUCGUUCCAGAUGUGCCAGAGCCUCCAGGUCGGCCAUUGGUCAAUUCGUUCACCUCACGAUCCGUGAACCUAUCCUGGACUCCACCAGCUGAACUUCACCACACUUCGAUCCUUUACUACUUGAUCGCCAUUCGCGAAGGUGAGGAUGGUCCCUGGGAUGGAACACGGCUCGUGGAAACGCCAGAUAACGGAACAACCUUUCAAGUGAACGAACUAAAGCCCUUCACUACCUACAGUUUUAAGAUCAUGGCUAUGAACAUGAUUGGCCGAUCCGAGUACAGCAAGCCAUCAUACUACACAAUGACGCUUAGGACAGUUCCCAGUGGUCGACCCAUCAUCACAGCCGCACAUAAUGUCUCGUCAACUUCGAUCAAGAUCAGUUGGCGGCCUCCGUCGGCCUCCAGUAUCCAUGGGGAGUUCCUCGGCUAUCGGAUCGCUUAUCGCCGCCAUUUUGAAAAUGUUCAGCGAACCGAGGAAGAUGUACGGGAAAUGCUUAUCAAGGAUCCCAAGGCAGACUUUGCCGUGAUCAAGAGCCUCAUGGAAUUCGCCAAGUACCUCGUGUCGGUCCAAGUCGUCAAUCCCGAGGGAUAUGGACCCAGUUCCACUGUUGAAGUCUCGACCGAUGAAGGGGUUCCAUCAAUGCCUGAAGGUGUGAGAGCUCUCAACAUUACCAACACCACCGUCACCCUUCAAUGGAAAAGCCCCGAGAGUCCAAAUGGAAUUAUUCUCGGUUACCGAUUAUAUUUCAUGAGGAAUAACAACUUCACCGAUGUUGUUACCGUUCGUAGGACUGAGCCUCGAAUGGAACACGUUCUCGCCGAUCUUUUGCCGUUCACCAAGUACCGAUUCUGGCUGAAAGCAUUCACAUGGAAGAAUGAAGGUCGGUCCUCGAGGCCGGCCAUUGAGGCCACCACGGACGUCCGAGGUCCUUCCGCGCCGAUCAUAGCCAAUUUGACUUGCAAAGAUGAACAUGCCAUCUUCAUUGAAUGGGAGAGGCCCCGGCAGAUUUCGCAUACCAUCGAUUUCUACUUCAUCGGGUACAAACCCGAACAGCACCAAUCUGACGACCUCGCUGUCAACGUGGGCCAAACAGCCACUUCCGAUCUGCCAAUAAUGGAGGCCCAAGACCCGUGGCGAGGCUACCAUGUGAUCACUUUGGAUUCGCGGGACUUUGGAUUCAAGGAGGGCAAGAUGGUGAUAAGCAAUCUCACCACCAACAUGUUCUACGGCAUCCAAUUACAAGCCGCCACCAAGAGCCUCUACCAUAAAGGCGUCUUGUAUAAAGGUCAAUUAACUUCAGUACAGAAACUUCAGCUUCGGAAGAACUGUGACCAAAUUCAGGCCUUUACCGUUCUUGAGUCGGAAAAUCAUCAGAGCGCUAUCAACUUGGCAAAUCCCAUGUUGGACAUGGGCACUGGGGUCUUGGCUGGUAUGGCCUUGAUUGCCAUGGUGUUCAUUCUUGUCAUUGUGGCCUUUGUCCUUCGAAGACGUUUCAGUCACGACUCCUUCUACUACGUAUCAGACUCGAGCUCCGCUAACGACCAGAUGUCUUUGGAGCCCCUCCAACAUUCGUCCGGUGGACACGCCCAUGUUGCACCUAAUUUCUCUCGUGGAACGCUCUUGGUCAAUUCCAGUGAGACCUUGAAAAGAGCUCAACAACCUAUUCCGGUACAGUCAUUUGUGGCCCAUGUGGCCAAAAUGCAUCAAACGGGGGGCUUCUCGGGAGAAUUCCAAGCACUUCAGAAAUGGGAGCAAGUGCGUCGAAAAGCUUGGGAAGACGAGCACGGAGGCGUGACAGACGGAGACGACCAAAGAGACAAUCGCUAUCGAAAUAUUGUGGCAUAUGAGCAUUCCAGAGUGAUUCUCAACACCGCCAAGGCCACCUUAGCGCGAGGCAAGGUCGGAAGAAAGACCACUUCUAGCUCUAUAUCUGCCUCUGAUUACAUAAAUGCCAAUUUCAUUGACGGUAUUGACCGUUCCCGGGCCUACAUUGCUACUCAAGGCCCUCAAAAGUCAAGCAUGGGUCUAUUCUGGCAAAUGGUGUGGGAGCAGAAGGUCAAAGUCAUCGUUAUGAUGACCAACAUAAUGGAAGGGGGUCAGAAAAAAUGUGACCAGUAUUGGCCAAUGUUUGCCACCGAGACCUACGGAUGCAUUCAAGUAACUCAUUUACGUGAAGAUAUCUUGUCUUCGUAUGUCAUUCGCACUUUUCGAUUGCGACAUCUCCGCGUCAAGUGCAACAAAAUCAAUGAGCGAUACAUUCUUCAGUACCAUUUUACUCAGUGGCCGGAUUUUGGGGUGCCCGAAACCCCACUUCCAUUCCUAGCAUUCGUUCGGAGGAUUGCAGAUGUGUCACAUGACUCGAACGGGCCAGUCUUGGUUCAUUGCAGCGCUGGUGUCGGUCGAACUGGAGCCUUCAUUGUGGCCGACGCAAUGCUCCGACAAGUCCGGAUCAAAGGGUCGGUGGAUCUCAUCACUUACCUCAAGCACAUUCGUACCCAAAGGAAUUUUCUGGUGCAGACUGAAGAGCAAUAUGUCUUCUUGUACGAAGUCUUGGCCGAAGCCAUAGCCUCGGGAGACACCUUGGUCAAUCGGUCAUAUUUGCCGCGUUAUGUUUCCACUCUCGAAAGCAAUCUGACCACGGAUCAUGAUCUCAUCCCUUGGCACCUUGUUGAUCAUCAGCUCAAAUUGGCCACCACUUUUCAACCCCAAGAGUUCCAUUUUGCUUCGGCAUUGAAGCCCUGCAAUCGGGACAAGACUCGAAACUUUGAUAGCUUGCCCGUGGAUUACUCCAGAGUCAGUCUAAAUCCUCGACCAGGCUUUGAAGGAUCUGAUUACAUCAACGCCACAUGGUUACCGGGCUUUCAUUCCACCAAUGAAUUCAUUAUCACACAACAUCCAUUGGAACAGACAAUCACUGACUUUUGGCGAAUGCUGUGGGAACAGGGGAUCAGAACAGUGGUUGUUCUUACACAAGUGAAACUACCGGAGUUUGGUGUAUUUUGGCCAAAUCAGCAGGUAGAUAUCGAGAUGGACUCCAUCCGGAUCUCCUUCCUGGACGAGUCUGAAAUGAAUGGGGUUCUUUCCAAGGACUUUGUGAUGACCUCCAUCCACUCCAAAGCCGAGUUGUCAGUUCGGCUCGUGUUUGAACCUCCUCAUCAAUGUUCCACCACCUUUCAUGAUAUCAUAUCAAGCCUCAAAAUGACUCAAUCUAUGCACAAACAGCGUUCAAAUAUGGGAACCCUUUUGGUCGUGGACUCUUGCGGAGGAACUGAGGCUGCAAUCUAUUGUUCUAUGAUGACGCUGAUGAAACAAUUGGACUUUGAGCACCAAGUUGACGUCUACCAAUAUGUGAAAAUCACCCACCUGUGCAAACCUGGGCUUUGGCGGCAUCGCAAUGAUCUCAUGAGGGUCUACCGAGUUCUUCAGAGCUACGCCGAGAGUACCAGUAACAAAGACUCCCUUGAGGAUCUCACAAAGGCAUCUCGCUAAAUAACAAAUCAUACAAUGACCAACUUGAUUGUGUUGACAAAUAAAAAUACUGGAACGCUUAUUUGGCUUUACCAGUGAAAUUGUA